AAGCUCUUUAACUCACACCCACUCCACCACUUCCCUCCCUCCACAAUACCAAUACCAAUACUCUGUACACACCUCUACAACAGUUUUCUACCCAAUUCUGGACUUCUGUUUUUAUUCUAUUUCUAUGAUUGGAAAUUAAUUAGUUUGACAUCGCCCUCUCCUUUCCCAUCAUAUUUGCCAUGUCUUCGACACGAGAAUCCUCCCCGGCCGUCGAGUCUAAUCCCACCUCUCCCACACAAUUAACUCCAACUUCCAAAGUUAAGGCACUGCUGGCUAGAUUUGACGACUCUGAUGAUGAGAGCGUCUCUGGCUCUGCAAGAAAAAGAGUAGCUACCGCUCUUACCAAGCCUCGCCCAAAAUCGAAAUCCCCUGCCGCUGGAUCUUUUGAAGAUGCUCUCACGAAUACAAAUGCUUCCAAAACCAAUGAUAGCACAGAUGAUGACGAGGAGGAUAUAGUCCGUCCAAAGGGGCGAUUGGCCGCACGAAUGCACGCAAAUUUACACGCUUCCGAGGAUGUCGAAAACUCAGGAAACGCGAGGGACAGAGUGAGAAAGAUGCUGGCUGCGAAGAGCAAAUCGCCGAAGCCAACCUCGGGCUCAGAUAAGGCUUCCAGCGACGAUAGUGAUGCUCCAGUCGUCUCACGGAAACGAAAGAUUCGAACAACGCGUCGCGAAUCUCCUAGAUCCAGCCCGGAAAGAAGAGAGCCCUCACCAGGUCUUUUCGUUUCUCCCUCCAAAGCGAAGGCAGCUGCAAACUCUGCAAAUGAAGAUUCGGAUUCCGAACUGCCAGCUGUUGACGAUGAUCGGUUCAAAGCUCUUGUUCAGAGAAAACGCGAAGAACGGUUAGCUAGAGAAGCCGAAACAGCAAAGGAAAAGGCCAGAAAACUGGCAGAGCGGAGAAAGAUGGAUCAGCAGCUCGGGGAGGAUGACGAUAUGACGGACGACGAUGCCGAACGACGCCUUACACAACCAACACGCAAAGCCAGCAAAAAAGCUGGGGAAGAAAUUCGAAGAGAGACACAGAGAAUGAGCCGAAAUCAACAAUUAGCACACAAACCUGUUACCAAGAAGAAUUAUGCGAAAGCGGAUUUUCUGGCCAAGUUCAAUGUCGGUCCUCAAAAGGAGGCUUCUGAUCCAGUUUUACCUACAAGCUCAAGCUCACCAGCACCCCAGUCAGAUGUUGAGAUGAAAGAGACACCACCAUCAUCGCCUUCAUCGGUAUUGGGUGAAACAGAGAAGUCUGCAGAAAACUCCAACCUUGCCGAGCUUGCUCAGGAUGCACAAGAGGAGGAUGAAGAGAUGCCUACUCUUGAGGAUGCUUUGAGCCGGAUACCAUCUUCACCCCCAACACGGGUAGAUAAAGGAAAGGGUCGAGCUGUCAGAGAACCAACAGCAGAGCCCGAGAUGGAUAAGGAACCAGUAUUUGCUCAGCGGCCUGUUCGGGUCCGAAUCUCCAAAGUCGACAAGAAAACGAUUACAUUGGACGACUCGGAUAGCGAUCUUGAAAUAGUAUCAGUAAAAACACCGAAUAGGCAAAGAAGGAAGAUCAACUCAAUUUUUGAUCGUAUUCCAGAAAGACAAGCAAAAGAAUCCCAUUCCAUCCAAGCACUUCGAACAUUAGCUCUAGUCAAAUCACCAGGAAAGCCUACAGGCAAGAACAAGAAGCCUUCCAUGACUACCGGAGAGCUUCAAUUGACUUUACAACAAAAAGCUAGACAGCAAGCUGCUCGCGAAAGAGAGGAGCGACUUCAAGAAUUGAGAGCUAAGGGUGUUAUCAUUCAGACAGCAGAGGAACGUGAACAAGAGAUGGCCGAAGUUGAAGAUCUCAUUGCUAAAGCCCGACGUGAAGGAGAGGAAAUCAUGAAGCGUGAAAAGGCGGCAUCAAAGAAAGAACGCAAAGCUAAUGGCGAGACUGACCCGCUUGGUGAUGAUAGCAGUGAUGAUGAAGACUGGGAGGAAGAUAAAGUUCCCGAUGCCGAGCUUUCACUCUCUGGGUCUGAUGAUGAGGAAGAGGGCCCCGAAAACAGCGAUGGUGAUGCCAGUGGUAAGGAGGAGGAAGGCGACGACGAGCCUGUGACGAAUCCAAUGUUUGAUAACGAGGCUUCAGAAAGCGACGCGGAAGAAGAAGAGGCUGACUUGACGAUCCCUGAAUCAGAACCAAUUGCAGACAUUGAAGAGGAUGACCUUGAACAGGCACCUAUUAAAGUAAGCAGACGGAUCAAACAAAGGGUAGUGUCUGAUGACGAGGACGACGAAUCCCAUGAUGAAUCUUAUUCUGUACCCCAGACUCAAUCCCCAAAACGCCAAUCUCCGAAAGCUCCAACAUCAGUUCUUCGUUCUGCGACAAAAACCUUCAUCCCAGGAGUAACCGUGGCUGGUCCAGCUGGACUUGGGUUAACCCAAAUCUUUGCUGGAACCAUGGACGAAAGCCAAGUUGGUGAUGAGGCGUCACAAGUCGCAUCGAAUUUCGUCUCACAACCAAAGAACAACCGCCCAGGCUUGGAUUUCCUAAGAGGUCUUCCUGCUCCGGAUUUACCUGAUUUUGUACCUACCAUGGAGGAAGAUACCCAAGAUCAAGACAUGAUCAUGAAUAGUCAGCCAGAAACUGCGGCUGAGACCCAGGGUUUUGAGUCUAUGCCAGGACUUGAAUUGGGAUUUUCCCAAUCUCAAAGUUUCGAUAGCUUGGUUCAAGACAGUCAAACUCCAUUUCCGGAAGCUACCCAAGAUUUUGGGUAUCAACAAGUCACACCAAUUCGAGGACGAUUCGUUGAUCCGCCACCAUCAACAGUUGAUACCGUGAUGCUUGACCCAUCAGCCCUUCCAGAGACCAACAUGGAAACUCCUAUUGUCAAGAAGAAGGGCAAGCUUCGUCAGAGGAAUCGCGUGGCAUCCUUCUCGGACGACGAUAUGGAUAAACAUGUUUCGAAGGUUGCUGAAGAAGAAGACUUUGAAAUUACGGCCAAUAUGUUUGAUGUCAUGCGCAAGGCUUCAAAGAAGAAGAAGAAGGCCGUUGUUGAUGAUUUCGACAAGAAGAACAGCAAGGCAAAGGACAUGGUCCAUGAGCAGGCCGACGAAUCCGAAGAUGAGUAUACUGGCUUGGGUGGUGCGAGUGAUGAUGAGAGUGGUGGAGAAGCAGACGCCUUUGUCAAGGAAAUGAUCGAUGAUGAAAGUAAACAACAUGUCGAUGAAAACGAGCUUGCCGCUUUCUUUGCGUAAGUAAUUCCCACUCAAACUCCAUGAUAAUUCACUAACGUAUUUCCUAGCGACCGCGAAAGAGCAAGAGACGAAAAGGAAGUUGAAAAACUUUACAAGGACGUCACGAAUGGCAUGCUUCGCCGCAAACGAGGUGCAGACUAUGACCUCUCUGAUUCAGACGACGGAGGCGAGGCACAACGACGCAGAAAACGGGCAAAAUUCGCCAAGAUGCAAAAGGCUUUGCUCGCUGAUGAACGAAUCGGGAAGAUUGCUGAAAAUCCCAAGAGCCAAGCUUUCCUUCGUGCGAUUGAAGAUCGCGGGAGUGGAGACGAGGUUGAUUUCCUGGACGACUUUGCUGAGGUCGACGAGGCCGAUUCACAAUCUCAAUCUCAAGAUGGCUCAACACAGGUUAUUCCCAACAGCCAACCUGGAGACAUGGGACCACCUCCACCCAAGGGCGCGGAUCCCGGUGCCAGACUCCCAGCAAAUCCAAGACGUAUGAAGCCUGGCAAGAAACCAGCGAAUCUUUCUGAGAUCCGGGAAAGUCUCUCGAGUCUCAUCGAAGAACCCAACUCGCUCAUCUCCUCACACUCCGACUCAGGCUCCUCUGACGACGAGCUCGGAAUCGAGGGUGAACCAUCUACAUCUACCAACAAGAAGGAAAACCGCGAUCCCUUUGCAUUAAGACGAACACAGAAUAAGAUCGUCGACCGGAUCUCCUUGAAACGACAAUCCUCCAGUUCUCUUUCAUCAAACACCAAACUCGCCUUCUCCACUUCCAACAGUAACUCGUCCGGCUUCAAGGUCCCCGCGCUUUUGAGACGCGCGACGACGAACAAUAGUGUGGCGUCGACUACUAGUAGUGUCGGUGGUAGCAGUGGUGCUUCGAAUGGGAUGGAGCGGAGUACGCUUGCUGUUGGUGGUGGCUCGGGUGGGGGCAGGAAUAAGGGUGUUACCGGGAAUUAUGUGGCGAGGGAGAGUGAAAGGAAUGCAAAGGUUCUUGAGGGGGAGAGGAGGCGAGAACGGAGGCUUGUGAAGGGUGCGGAGGGGAGGAGGAAGGUUGUGGGUGGGUUGCUUGGGGGUGGGAAGUUUGAGUAA